UCCCUACUCAGUCACUUUCUCACUCCCCUUGCUUCUCUGAUCAUCAAAACUUCCACUUAUAUCUCCCCCAAAAUCAAUCCAUUUCUCACCACCAAAACCCUCAAUGAAGCCCGCCGCCUCCUCCUCCGGCCGCAAGGACGGCCCCACCCUCCCGAUCUUCAUCACCCUCGCCUCCGCCUUCAUCCUCGCCUGCUUCAUCUACAACGAGUCCCUCGCCGAAUUCCCCUUCUUCCCCUCCAAAACCCUAGAAAUUCAAGAAACCGAAACCGAAACCUCCACCACCGAGGUGGUGGAGGUUUCCAGAACCGUGGUGGAGGCGCAACCCGACAGCGCUGACAUCAGUGGUGAAGACGGCGGUGAUGGUGGUCGGAAGCAAGAGCCUGAAUUCCUCGAGGAAGACGGGGAGAUCGAAAACCCUAAUGACAAAGAGUGCGAUUUGUUCACCGGGAAUUGGGUGUUUGAUAACGUCACCCACCCUCUCUACAGAGAGGAUGAAUGCCGGUUCUUGACGGCGCAGGUCACGUGCCUCCGCAACGGAAGGAGAGACUCCUUUUACCAGAAUUGGAGAUGGCAGCCGAGAGAUUGCUCAUUGCCUAAGUUUAGACCAAGAUCGUUGCUUGAGAAGUUGAGGAAUAAGAGGAUGAUGUUUGUUGGGGACUCGUUGAAUCGGAAUCAGUGGGAAUCCAUGAUUUGUUUGGUGCAAUCUGUUGUCCCUCAAGCUAGCAAGAGCUUGAACAAGACUGGUUCUUUGUCAAUUUUCAAAAUUGAGGAUUAUAAUGCCACGGUGGAGUUCUAUUGGGCCCCAUUCUUGGUAGAGUCCAACUCAGAUGAUCCUAACUUGCAUAGCGUUUUGGACCGCAUCAUCAUGCCUAACUCAAUCCAAAAUCAUGGCAACAAUUGGAAAAAUGUGGACUACCUCAUCUUCAACACUUACAUUUGGUGGAUGAACACCCCCACCAUGAAAAUUCUGCGAGGAUCGUUUGACCAAAACUCGACAGAAUACGACCAAGUUGAAAGGCCGGCCGCCUACAGAAGCGUGCUCGACACAUGGUCACAAUGGAUCGACGAAAACGUUGAUCCAAACCGCACCAAAGUUUUCUUCAUGAGCAUGUCUCCUCUUCACAUCAAGAGCAUGGAUUGGGGCAACGCGGAGGGCGUGAAAUGCGCUAAGGAGACGGCGCCGGUCGUCGACACCGCGGCAGCGCUGGACGUGGGGACGGACCGGAGGCUGUUCGCGGCGGUGGCGGAGGUGACGGGUGCGAUGAGAGUGCCGGUGAGUUUCCUCAACAUCACCCGGCUGUCGGAGUACCGGAAGGACGCGCACACCGCGGUGCACACGAUCCGGCAGGGGAAGAUUCUGACGGCGGAGCAGAAGGCGGAUCCCGCGGCGUUCGCUGACUGCAUACAUUGGUGCCUCCCCGGAUUGCCGGACACGUGGAACGAGCUCCUUUACGCUCGGAUCAUCUCCGAUUCGUGACCGUUGAUGGAUUUGUGGAGUUUUUUGUUGUUCAUUGUUUUUUUUUUUUGAAAAAAAGUUGAUGUAAAGAUGAAAUUGUUUUAUGGAAUGGAAAAGAAAAUGAAAUUGUAAGUAAUUGAAUUUUUGGUUUUUUGGGUAUAAA